AUGUCGCACCGCAGAGUGGGUUUCUACCUUAGUGAUAAGAAACGGAAAAGGAUGAAUCUGGAUGCCUUCGCAGAGCUUUGUGCGGAGCAUGGAGUGGAGGUGGUGGAGAUUGAUCUUACACAGCCACUAGAACCUCAAGGACCCUUCGAUGUCAUAGUUCACAAGCUGUCUGAUGUCAUUGUUGAGGCGGAGCAUGACAGUCAAUCCAAGCAGCUCUUGGUCAAUUUCCAGAGCUAUGUGUCAGCUCAUACAAGGACAGUUCUUCUGGAUCCCAUCCCUGCCAUGAGCCAAAUUCUAGACCGCUUUUCCUCUUACCGUAUCAUGGGCAAGCUGCACAAUUCACUCCGAGACUGGCAUAUUUGCAGUCCUCCAUAUGUCGAGGUCCACAGUGCCAGUGACAUGCCAUUCAUUCAACAGAACGUGACCAGUCAGAACCUUAGCUUUCCUCUCAUUUGUAAAACAAGAGUGGCACAUGGUUCUCUUUCCCAUGAAAUGUCGCUAAUCUUUAGUGCGGCAAGUCUGGCGGAGAUCCAUCCACCGUGUGUCCUCCAGAGUUUUGUCAACCAUGGAGCAGUACUGCACAAGGUGUUUGUGAUCGGAGAAAAACACUUCUGUGUUGAAAGGCCCUCACUUAAGAACUUCCCUUCUGGGCCAUGUGAAAGAGAGACCAUCUUCUUUAACAGCCAGCAAGUAUCCAAACCAGAGUCAAGCUGUGAUCUUACGGCUCUGGAUGAGCAAAUGUCCUGCAUGCCUCCUCCCAGCAGUGAGGCUGUGGCAGCCCUGGUCAGAGAACUGCGCGUUCAGCUGGGCAUGGCUCUCUUUGGUGUGGAUGUCAUCAUCAAUAUCCACACAUACACCCUUACUGUAAUUGACAUCAACGUCUUUCCAGGCUAUGAGGGCGUGCCCCAGUUUUUCACUUCCCUGCUCAGCCACAUUGAGUCAGUGUUGGACAAACAAGCUUCUGUUGGCUCAAAUGAGACAGCCAAGGUGAAAGGGGUGACAUCCACUGAUGCAAGUGGGCUGUGA